AUGGCAGAGUCCCUGUCGGAAGAGCAAAUAGCCCGAUUUCGGGAAGCCUUUGCGGUUUUUGAUAAAGAUGGAAAUGGCGAAAUCACCGCCGAAGAGCUUAGAGAUGUCAUGCGCUCGUUAGGCCAGAACCCCACCGAGUCUGAAUUGCAAGAUAUUGUAAAUGAACUAGACGUGGACCACACCGGUACAAUCGACUUUGACGAAUUCCUCACCAUGAUGAUUCACAAGGGCAAGGCGACAGACGAAGAGGCCGAGCUCCGUGCCGCCUUUGAAGUCUUUGACCGAGAUGGUAGUGGCACGAUCAGCGCAGACGGGAUGCGACACGUAAUGAAGUCCAUUGGCGAGGAAUUGACGGAUGCCGAGAUUGAGGAAAUGAUUAGAGAAGCCGACACCGAUGGAAAUGGGUCCAUUGACUAUCAAGAGUUUGUUCAUUUGAUGAGGAACAACUGA